GGCGGCGGCGCCCGCGCUGUGGCUGGAGCGGCGGCCGCGGGGGGCGGGGGUCUCGGUGCAGGGAACAGCCGGCCUCCUCGCCCCAGCCGCGGGAGGAGGGACACCGAGGAGGGGGGGAAAGGGGGGGGGCCGCCGAGCGGAGCGUCGUGUCGCGUCGCCCGCUCCCCUUUAGGACCGCGCACGCCGGCGGGGAGGAAGGGGCGAGUCUCCCCGGAGCCUUCGUCGCCCCGCGGCUUCCCUUCCUAGGCCCGGUGCCGGCGGGGGCGGGGGGGCGCCGGCGGGGCGCGCGGACCCCCGUGGCUCCCCUCAGGCUGGGGCUCGGCGGUGCCCGGGGCGGGUGAGAUGUCGGGCUGAGCGGGUGCGAGCCCGGGGGUGGGGUCCGCCGUGCCCGGGGGUGGGGGUGGGGGGGGGGCGUCGGGACCGUCCCCUCAGCCGUCCCGCCCCGCCGCCGCGCUGCCCAUGGUGAUUGUGCAUCCCCGCGCGCGGAGCGGGGCAGCAGCGCUCCAGCUGCCGGCGCCUUCCCGCCGCGCCCGCGCGGGCCGGCCAGCCGGGGCGCCCAGGUGUUGGUGACUUCAGAGUCAUUUAGUGGUUUAGUUCUGAGGAAGUAGAGACACGAGGAUUGAGUCUAUUUUACAUAAAGCUACAGCUUUUCACCAGUACUAGUUUUUCUCCUUCCCACCCCUUCUUCCCCGUAGGAGAGGACAAUUUGGGAAUUAUUUUAACAGUCAUUUACUCCCCCUACCCCCCCCCCCUCCCCCUCGGAAAUCUACCUUGGUCCCCGAGGCGUCUGCUAGACAUUGCCUGUUAUAGGACCAGGAGAACGUUAACCAUCAUCAUCCCUUGCUUGCUUUGAGACCUUCAGUAGUACCCUUCCCUCCUUUGGAGUGCAGUGCAGAGAGGCAUCCAGAAGACUUCCUUGCCACCCUUUUUGGGUAGGGAGGAUCUAGGAAAAGGGGUACCUAGGAAGACACGUGACCUUGUUGAGGGAGCCAGAACUGAAGCAGCACUUGGCACGCUGAAGGAAGCACCCAUCUUUGGUGUCUUUUUCGUCUUCCAGUCCUUCCUCACCAAAUUUCUGAAGUUCCAUUGAAAGGAAACCUUGAAGGUUGCAAGACAAGUCCAAGAUGUGCAGUUCAGUUGCUCCCAGGCUGUGGUUCUUAACAGACCGUCGCAUCAGAGAAGAUUAUCCUCAGCAGGAGAUCCUGAGAGCACUAAAGGCCAAGUGCUGUGAAGAGGAGCUAGAUUUCCGGGCCCUGGUGAUGGAUGAAGUGGUGCUGACCAUUGAGGAUGGAAAUCUUGGUCUCCGGGUGAAUGGGGAGCUCAUUACUGCUUACCCACAAGUGGUGGUUGUACGUGUACCAACACCUUGGGUCCAGAGUGACAGUGAUAUCACAGUCCUUCGCCACCUAGAGAAGAUGGGCUGUCGUUUGAUGAAUCGUCCCCAAGCCAUCCUCAACUGCGUCAACAAGUUCUGGACGUUUCAAGAACUUGCUGGUCAUGGUGUGCCUCUUCCAGACACUUUCUCAUAUGGUGGUCAUGAGAAUUUUGCCAAAAUGAUUGAUGAGGCGGAAGUGCUGGAGUUCCCUAUGGUGGUGAAGAACACGCGGGGUCACCGAGGUAAAGCUGUGUUCCUGGCACGAGACAAGCACCAUUUGGCAGACCUAAGCCAUUUGAUCCGUCAUGAUGCCCCUUACUUAUUCCAAAAAUACGUUAAAGAGUCCCAUGGCAAGGAUGUACGUGUCAUCGUAGUAGGAGGCCGUGUGGUGGGCACCAUGCUCCGCUGCUCAACAGAUGGGAGGAUGCAGAGUAACUGCUCACUUGGUGGCGUAGGGAUGAUGUGCUCACUGAGUGAACAAGGCAAGCAGCUGGCAGUCCAAGUGUCAAACAUCCUGGGGAUGGACGUGUGUGGCAUUGACCUGCUGAUGAAGGACGACGGUUCAUUCUACGUCUGCGAGGCCAAUGCAAAUGUAGGUUUCAUUGCCUUUGACAAGGCUUGUAAUCUAGAUGUAGCUGGUAUCAUAGCGGACUAUGCCGCUUCUCUCCUUACCCCCGGUCGCUUGACGCGGCGCAUGUCCUUGCUCUCUGUGGUGUCCACGGCAAGCGAGACUAGCGAGCCAGAGCUGGGCCCUCCAGCUAGUGCCGCUGUCGACAAUAUGAGUGCUAGCUCCAGCUCUGUCGACAGCGACCCUGAGACCACUGAGAGAGAGUUGCUCACCAAGCUCCCGGGGGCUCUAUUCAACAUGAACCAGCUAUUAGCCAAUGAGAUCAAACUCCUUGUGGAAUGAUGCCACAUGUAAAUAGAUGACCAACAGAACUCUCUCUUGUAAAUUUUUUUUUUUAAACCAACUUGCAAUGCUGUUUAUCAGAGAAGCUCAGAGGAAUGAGGAAGGGGGGGGUGUCAAUUGAGAGCAAGAGUAAAAGGCAUGCGUGCUGUGACUGCUGCCCCUGCUUUUUUGCAGAACAUAAAAUUGUGUUGAUUCUUCAGCAUCAGUUUUCUAAUGAAGAUGCUCAGUUCACAACCUAAGUAGGAAUUUUAUUUGGAUGCUGCUUUGGUCCCCAGAUGUAUUGCAGUUCACGUGUGUUCACAGGCAGGCAUUGAAGCAUGAUUCACUUGAAGAUUUUCAGAAAGCUGUCUGGCAGCUCUCUAGAAACUUCUGUGAAUUACUGCACCAGUUAAGUCUCUUCUACCUCUGUAAGACUUGAUCCUGUAAAUUGCUGAGUGCCUCAAAUUCUCAAUGUGAGUUUAAGGUGUUAAAUACCAGAUAUUUCAAAGUUCCUGGACGCCUACUGUUCCUGCUGUUAUAGAUGGGAGCUAUAAGUUCAGGAUCCUUUUAAAGUCAUCACUUUCUGACCUUGCAGGAUACAUACGGCCUUUCAAAUGAUGAGGCUGAGAGAAGUGUCAGUUGACUUAAUGUGAGCUUUCUGUACAAAUCUGUAAUUUGUGCCAUCUUGGUAUUAAUUGGCAGCUUUGUGUCUAUAUUUCUUUACAAAGCUUUUGAAGGAAGGCUUUAGUACUUGUGUUUUUCUCAUUUCAAAUCCUGAUUUCGGAAGGUAUGUAGAGGAAUUGGUCAUAUUCUAUUUGUGGCAGAAGUGACAUGUUUUUAACUAUUUUUUGCAUGAUUGGAGGAGAUAAACAGCACUGUAAUGUUUGGUAUACAAAAUAAUGUUUAAUCCAAUGUGAAAAAGAAUUACACUAGUUUAAAGCAAACGUGCAUCGACUUGUAUUUGUUAGUGUUUUAGUCUUGAGAGAGAUCUGCAAUGUUAAUGUUCAUUUUUCUUUAAUACAUGCUAGUCCAACACUCCCUUCUCUAUGCCUGCAUCUUUAACAGUGGCCAAAGUGCAAACACUGCAGACUAUUUCUUAAGAAAACACUGAGUUAAAGCCUGUACAUUGGUGGGGUUUGGUGUGUUUUUUUCUUUUUUCUUUUUUUUAAUUUUAUUUUCAUUUUUGCCUUUUUUUGUGGGGGGAAACAUGGUAAGGUGUGGAGGAGGGAAAAUUUGGUUAAAAGUGAUUAGAUAUCUAGAAGUAUUUUAGAAUAAAGCUGCAGUUCAUAACAAUACUUACCAGGCUUACUUUUUCCCCACUAAACAUAAAAGCUGAUGUUGGCAGAAAUCCAAAGAGUAUAACCGGGGAGAAAUACUCAAUUCUUAGCUUUGGGAAACUUGCAGUAGAUUUAAAACAGAAAAGUUUAAAAACAAAAAAACAAAAAAAAAAAAAAAGGAAAAAAAAAAAAGAUGAGAGCUCAGCCGGAAUUAAAAAAAAUAAAUUAUAUUACCUAGGUCCACAAACAAUUAACAGAUUGAUCCUGGACCCUUACGUGUGUGUGGUGUGAGUGCACACACUUGUGUGUGUUUGUGUGUGUGCAUUUGCUUUGCUUCAUUUCUUUUUGGGUUUUGGCUGUUGAGCUCCUAAUUUUUUUCCAGGCUGCCUGAUUUUCCUUAGUCCUUCUGGCUGUGCAUUUUCUCAUUAGCCUUGAGCUGUUUUGGAAAACGGAUAACCAAAACAGAUACUGAGGUCUUUUUUAAGUCCCUGUCUUCCCCCUCCUUUUCCUCCCCCUCCUCUUCCUCCCAUUUCAUUCUUUUCUCAUUCUCUGGGUUUGUAAAGCCCUGGAACUAUAGAUAUAUAUAUAUAAAAAAAGAUAAGCCUCGUUUUUUAAAAAACAAAAAGUAAAACGUUUACAAUUGAAGAAUAAUCUUGUGAAAAUAGGGUUUGUUUGGAGGGGGGUUUUGUGUGUGCAAUGCUGCUGUUUUCUGGAUACUUUAAUGGAGCAUGUUCCAUGUACCCUCUGAGGCUCUGCACUGCCCACCUCUGUGGCCCUUCCUCACCUCUCUGCUGCUCUGCUGUUUUAUCUUCACUUGGACCUUAAACACAACUCACGGACACUAUGCAGAGAGUCUUCAAGAGGCAAUAAACAGAACAGUAUUAACCUGCUUUAUGGAGGUUUGAUCAUGCUUCUUUGUACAGUUUGGUUUUUUUUUUUAUUUUAAAAGGAAUGUAAUAAAAUGGCUUUUUUUUUUUGUAGAAUUAAAUAUUAUUAUUAAAAUCAAGUGAAAGGUUGACUGUUGGUGUUAAGCAGGAGUGGACCAGCUGGUCCAGCAACAAAAGGAGCUUCAGCAGUAAAGGUAUUUUCAAAUCUUUCUUCCUGAGCUGUCAAGUGCGCAGGUUAUACCUGAAGAAUAUAAAGGUCUUUAACUUCCAUGAAGAGUUGCAGAACCACAGAACAUGAAGAAACCUAGUUUUCUAGUCACUGAGCAGUAAAGUAUUUCUUCCAGAGGCUCUUCUCCCCUUGCUUGUUUAUCUAAGGAAAAUUCGGGUGGUGGUGUUUUUUUGGGGCUUUUGUUGGUUUUGGGUGGUUUCUUUUUUCUUCUUUUUACUGGUAGGUGUCUGCACUCCUUGAGAGGCUGAUAGGGUCAAUCCUGACCUUUUUCUGCUGUGGCCCACAUUGAGCACAUGUGGAAUACCAGCAGGGAGUAAACAUCUGCUAGUUGGUGUAGUGGAACCUCUGUAUUUCUAUCACAGGAAACACCUUUAGAGGAAAGAGCUGGUAACUGAACGUUCUGGACUGGUUUUUGAGUCUCCAUAACAUUUUGUGGCUCACAGGAACUUUAUAUUUCUUUCACCCUUCCAAGAAUGUCCAGGUUUACAGCAGUAAAAUUUGUGAAGUAAACAGAAUAUAUUUUUUUUUUUUUUAAAGACAAACAGCAGAUUGAGAGAUGUACAGUUUGGCUCCCUUGGGUUAAGAUGCUGCUCUGUGGCUGGUUCCAUGGCUAGUUUGGAGAUAAGUUGUGCAUAGUGGUCAGGAAGGGAGACAGGAUUUGAGGCAUUAUGUACUUUUGUUUGAACAUUGGGUAUUGAUACUGCAUGAAAACCUUGCCUAAGGGUUCGUUGGUAGAAAUGGGCAAACUUGUCUCAUGUAUUUACUCCCUUAUCCAUUGCUCCUGAAAUAGCAAAACGUACAGAAUGGGCUGAGGGUGUGAGGGGGGUUGUCUUGUUUUUACUUAAAGGAAAAAAAUGCUAAUAAAUCUAGCCUGUGGGUAACCAGGCGGUGUUUCCCAUUGAAGGUGAACUUUACAGACAUAAGCUUUAUACACUGUAUUGCCUUCAGUUCCAUACACUGAAAACCACAUGCUAAACUUUCAUACAGUCGCACUAACACUACCUCCGUAUGUGGGUUUGGAAGCAUGUGCUGAAAAAAUGGUCAAUGUAGUGCUGGGUUACGAUAGUGCCGAUACAGCUGAUGGUGAUACAACUAUUUCUGUAUACUUUAAUGCGUGAAAGAGCCAGUUAGAAACUUUUGUUUGCAAGAGGAAGUUUCUUAACCUACAGCUGAUGAAACUUUGUUCUUUGUAACACUGGAGAUUUUCUUCUGUUCAACUUCCCAUGUUUAUAAUUGAUGUCUUGCUAUGUCAAUGUACGGAUUGUAUCUUAAGCCUUGUAUUUAAUGUUUUAAUGUGUUUUAUAAAACCUUUUCUUGGAAUGUUAAAGCACCUCAUCCGUAACGCAAUGUCAAUGCUUGCUGCAUACGUGGACUGUUAACAUUUUUUGUUCUCAGCUGAUGGGGAGCAUUUUCUCCCACUUCGUGUGCUAUCUUUCAUGUGUGAUACUUACUCAGGAAAUAACCUCUGGAACAUCCGUGUAUGUCAGACAUGAAGGAGAUACCUCUUCAGAUGUUAUACUGGACUUCAAAAUCCAUCUAAAUGAAACCAGUGACAUUUGCUAAAUCUUUCUCCCCCUUCCUGCAAAAAUCUGUUAAAUACAUAAGGGACCUUAAGGGCUUAGAGAGACUUUGAAAACAAAUUGCAUGUACAGUAUCUUUCUCAUGGCUCACUCUUUUUGAGAAGGUUUUUGGGCUUUAUGGCUGGUGUGAGACACACGACCCACUCCUGUUCUCUCUAUGGAAUAGUAGGUGCUCGGACAGGUAACUUCUGUUGCUACUGCCUUCUUUAAUUUUUAAUUUUUUCACUGUUGUAGGAAUUGUUUUAACUGAACACUGCAGGAUUUAUAACCAGAUGUUUGCUGCCUUUUCCUUUGUUUUAUUUCUUUAAGUCUUUCUUAACCUUUGAGGGUGACUUUUGGAGCAUUCUGAUGGUGGAUUUUGGCCUGGUGUUGGAAGCCUCCAGUCCUCUCAUAUUUCCAAUUUGAGUUGAAAAGUUUUUGUUUUGUUUAUUUGUUUAAACUGAUGACACAAGUUAGAUGCACGAAUUUCGGGUGGCAUUUGUUGUUGCUCUAUUUUGUGUGACUUACUCUCCCUUUUUUUACAGAAACGUGUUCUAACAGUUCACACUUUGUUACUGUUCUUUGCAAAACUUUUCAGGAGCCAAAAAAGUCAAACAAUCCAGAGAAAACCUUCCCUUCUCCCCUUUCUGAUGGCGAGAGUGAGAACUUAUGAAAAAUCCUUGAGAAUGUUCCUUCCUAAACUUUUCCCCCCAGUAAUGCAAGCGGGUAAAAUGGUAAACGCAGCAGUUUGGUGACAUCCAAAACCGACCUGUUCUCAGGUAAAUUGACUCUUUUCUGCUCUUACUGUACCCUUCAUAAGCUUGCUAACUUGUCUGUCUUCCUUUCUUCCCAUCAGUUCAUUGUGGUGAAACUUCUUGAAUGAUUUCUUUAACAGUGGUAUUUAGAGAAAAUCCUAUUUUCUUCUUUAUUUUCCCUCCUUAUACAUGUUGACCUUUAAGAAAACUGUCACUUUCCUUUGCUUUACUCAGGUGAGACGAAAGUGAGUCCCCUCAUGUAAGUAUAUGAGGGAUAGUUUUAUAAUGCAUUGAUUCCACCUCGUUUUUAUUGAUUCCAGGUAGUUUGCCUUCUAAUGUACUAUUUUAGCUGAGGGUUUUGAAAGAGAUGAUGCUUUCCAUUUGCUAAGUGAACAUAAAAUAUAACUGCAUCAAUUAGGAAUUGAUAGGUAUGAAAACCUAGUAUGAAUGUUAAAUUAAAUCUAUUAAAAUUCAAUAGAGCAGUAUCCUGUAAAGAGGACAGAUGGGAGAAUAUGUGUGCUAAAGUAAAAGACUGUGGAGCUCAUUAUUUCUGUUUGUGGAGGAUGGGGCGAUGCAUUUUACAUUGCCCUUACUGCUGUAUCGCAGUACUUGUACAUUAUAUCCUCCUCUGGUAACUUGCUCCCUUAAUGUCAAACCACUUAAAAGUGCUGAGAACUUAAUAUUUUUUUACUUCGUUUAAGGAGGAGAAUCUGUAUGUUACUCAGAGGUAAAUAUCAAGACAAUUAAAAUAUCAUUCAAAGCAGAAGAAUAUGAGCCUACAGACAGGCUUCAAAGUUUCCUGAUGCAGUAUUUUAUUUCCCAUGACAUCUAUAAAGAAUUAGCACUUGUUUCAGAUUUUUCCUGUGUACAUGAAUAACUCUUCAAUAUCAUAUAAUAGUCUACUUCUCAUAUUCUCAAGUUAUAUUUUCCUGAAACACAGCAAAUUUAUCAGCACUACCACAAAUUGCAGCUUCAAAUUAAGGUGGGAGGGAAUAAUUUUAGAGCCAAAUUUUGUUCUGGGUUACACUGAGAUAAACCUGGAGUCGCUCUGUGAAAGUCAGUGGAGUGAUACAUAAUUUCACUGGUAUAACUGAGUGUGUAAUUUGCGUCUUUAAUUUUACUUGCAAGAUAAUUUUACAGACCUGUUAUACUUAUGUUUCCAAUGCUUUUUCCUUUCAGACACACCCACUUCUUGCGUCUCAGCACUGGGCAGGCCUAUUCCAUUAUUUGUGUAUAUUUUUGUGCAUCAGCUGCUAUAGGACACGGGUGUAACACUUUCAGGCAUGUGGUUGGGUGUCUUUUUUUGGGAGAGAUGUGUGGUUUUGUAAUAAUGUCUAAAAGAAUUUCUUUUCCUCAGAUUCGUUAACAAAAUUCAUGUUGGCUUACAGUUUUGUGUCUCCACCCUGAAUUAUAUAUACACUAUGUGAAGAUUUUCAUGAAAGAAAGACAAUGCUAGUUCUUUGCAGUGUCUGCAAAUGGUCAUUGGUGAGGAGAGUUGAUCAAAACUUGCUGCAUUCUGCAGAAGUUAAUGUCAAUAUUUAAUGUUGCUUGAAAGGUGGUUUUACAGAUCAUGCUCCUUCCUCUUCAUGGAAUGGCUUUCAAAGCUUUGUAUUGAUCUUGGUUGUGCCCAGUGCUUUGCCUAGUGUAUGUUGUAGAACUUGAAUAAGCCAUGACAUCUUAGACAAAGGAUGAUGAUUAUGUGCGUGCUGAACAAGAACUUCUUCUAUAUGCCCUUCUGCUGCAACAGAGUAAUAAAACUGGUAGGUGGCAGCAGCAGCAGCAGAAGCUCAUGUGACUGACCUGAGGAACCUCCAGUGCGGGGAGAAAUGGAUUGCAAAAUAUUAACUGAAGUAAGGGGGACGGAGGAGAGGCAGAGUCCCUGAACUGUUCCUUUGAAUGGUGAGUCUAAUUUACAGAAUUCUAACCAUCAAAAGGCUAGUGUAGUACAAUAGACACAUUGAUCUGUCUGAUUUGGUGUUUGGUUACCGUGUGUCCUGGUUCUGAUCUUUGGUUCAACAUUCCAUUUUCCCCACUGCCUCUUAAGGCAGAGUAUAUAUCUUAAAGUACUAAACUUUGCCAAAGUUGCCGCAUCUUAAGGGUAUUGGAAAAUAAGGCUAGAAGGAAUUUAUCUAGUCCAUCCAUUUCUCUGCUCCACAGGAUGAUCAGUUGUGGUUACGCCAUUGGUGACAUGGUUGUUUUAACCUGGUUUAAGAAACAGGGAAUAAAUGAGAAAGAUUCUACUGUCUUUACCUGUGGAUUUUUAUUUUAUUGAGGUGAAACGCAUCCUUACUGUAAGCCAAUGGUCAACCUCAUAGGUUGAGAGCUCAUCUGCUCCUUUUUGCCCAUCUGCUAUGCAAUGCUGCUUCUGGGGUGAUUCUCUUAUGUACUUCUUGUACAUGCAGGUCUCUUCUUGAAAUGUUCUUCAGUAUUCUAUCACAAUGUUACUUGGUGAUAACUGAAAUGACUGUUGUGUAUACAUAUAGUUAGCAUUUCACAUCAAAGGCUGGUUCCUUUGACUCAAAGGCUUUGUACCCCCUUGAGUGUGAAGAACUCAGAUCGUGGUAUUGUCAACAGGCAUACUUUUUGUGCAAGGAGUGUGGUUUACAAAUGCAUAUUAUAAGCAAGCAGCCUCAUGCUGUAAUGACACUUUAAGAACUCAGAAUUUUCAUGUGAUGUGUGAUGGUUGCUUGAGAUUUAGGGACAACAGCAUCACCUAUAACAAAUAAAUAGGUUUGGCAUUAAGUCUAAAUCACAUCCUUAAAUCACUCUAAUUUUGUCCAGUAGGGUGCGAUGGUGCACACGUAUUCAAAUGAAUCUAGAUUAAUUUUUCAAAAUUCUGGUAUGACAUUUUCUAUAUAUAAAAAUCCUCUUUAAGACUCUCUCCUCUGUUUCUGAAUCCUAGUCUCUUUUUCAUUAGUUUAUCUAGUCAUAUCAGUAAAUCCAAAGUUGUAAGUACAGAAGAGAAAUUGUUUCCUGGGUUUGUACCAGUCAUUAGCCCAUUACAAUAUAAUGAAAAGGAUUUAAGGACUUCUUAUUAAUUGGGAUGCUGAAAUGUCUUUACAUAACAUUUAAGACAAAUUUGUUUCUACAAAAUGUUAAAGGAUUUUUAUGUAAGGGGGAGGUAAGAACAGGAACAAAGUAAAAGUGCAAAAUGUUCUCAAGUACCCAAAUGCUAUCAGUCCCAAACCUGGAAAUAUUAAGUAAGAGCUCUAACAGGAAAAAUCAAACCCCAGAUCCAUUAUUCUCUUCUGUGAAUCUUAUGUAGAUACUAAUUACUGUGUAGUGGUAAUAGAGCACCGUAUAGAUGAAAGGAUAGAUGCUUUAGAAAAACUAUGAUAGUAAAGGGCAGUGUUACUUAUGGAGACUUCAUAUAUCUCAAGAUAGAAAAAGUGUUCAAAGCACCAACAGUUAAAAUCCUUUUUGAAAGUGUGAAAUGCAGAACAUACCAUGUUUCUACUUAAUGUCUAACAGCUAGUAGUUCUAACCACCUCUUCAGUUAUCUAGUAGACCAGUGGUGUCUCAAACUUUUUUGAUUGCACAUUGCUAUCAGUAAAAAAACAUUUUGAGCAUGCAAUGUUUAGUUGUUAUGUACAUGUACUACUGUGUACAUUAUAAGUCAUACACAAACCCAGAAAUUAAAAAAGGGUGAGAUAAAGAUGAAAUGAACACAAUUUUAAACAUUUGUUUCAUUGUAGUUAUUAAUGGUGCAAUAAUUCCUGUAGUCUUAUGGGUUGGCUUUUGUAACCUGCUGGGGAAUGUGCACUCCAGUUAGGAGAUGGCUGAUGUAGACAUCAAAGAAUUGUUGUUGCACUUGUCAUUAGUAUGUUCCAGUAUAACAGAACCUCCUUUUUAAGUAAGUGUCCUACCAGAGAUUAAAUUACGGACCUCUAGUAGGAUGAUUUCUCUUUCUGAAAAGAAAGUGAAAGAGGAGAGAACAGCAGGAUGGGGAAGCACUGAUGAGCAGUCUGGCAUAGGGGAAGUUUGGAUGUGGAUCAGUUGAAGAUGUGGAGAAAUGUAUCCAAGUGGAUUGGGGAAAAGGUUGUGGUCAGAAUAUAUACCAAUAUACAGAACACCACAGUAGCUUUUGCAUUUUAACUGUUCCUAGUCCACUUACAUCUAAGUGUUAGUUGAUAAAUUCCAGUUCAGUUUGCUGUUGUUAUCUGGGGUAGUCACAUAAAAUUAGGAACAAUGCUUACAUAUAGGAACUAAGCUGGAUCAGAGGUUUUGAUACCAGGCAACUAAAUAGUCUCCAGUGCAUAUCAGGUACAUAUCAGGUACAUAUCAUGGACAACUGGUGUGCUUUUCUCAGUGGCAUCUCGCUUUCGUGCUGCCUUUAAGUGUUAUGUGAACCAUAGGCUGGAAAUCCCAGAACUGAGUUAUUGCAAAGUGAAAGGAGAUCAAUUGUACAAAGUGAAAAAUAUUUUGAAUGGAGAUUUGAAAAGGGUCCCAUUAAAUAGGAUGAUGAGUAAAGUCUAUGUGUGAGAUGAAGCUCAUAGAAAAUUUUUUAAAAUGCAUUCACACUGGAGAUGUGAAAGAGAGAAAGUGAAUUCUGGUGAUAGAGGCAAAGGAGUCUGAAGCAUAUGUCAGUCUAUCAGCAGAGAUAGAGAUGAGGCAGUAAAACAGCUUUUGCUGAUGUUGAGCAUUCCCAAAUUUUUGUUUUAAGGCAGAAUCUCACCAGACAUCCUGUAUGUAAUAUAUGCUAGGCAUGCUAGCCUUUGGGAACUGGGUAUCAAGGAGGAGAGCUGGAGAUUGAUACAGAACUGUUGGUAUGGAAACUGACUGUAGCAGUUGCCUACUAGGAUGGAUGGUAACGUGGAUUAAGGUGUGCUGCACUGAGUUUAGAUGACCGCAAUACUUGGGAAGAAGGGUGGUUACCUGGCCCUGAACGUGGGCUUAUUUGCCCAGAUAAACCUGUAGCCUUUUGCUUCUCAGCAUAGUAAGGAGUAAAGAACUGCUGAGCAAGGGGACAAUUGUAGGUGACUUAGAGUCAACGUUCAGCAAAGAUUUUGGGUGUAAAACAAGCAGGAAUUUAGAGUACUCUCCCAGAUCCUCCGUGUUUUCACAUGUGGCUGUCAAUACAAGAGGAUUUAUAUUUUUUUUUCUACUACAUGUGACAUAGCAAAGCAUCUUGUUCUCUGCAACUUCGAUGUGGUAGAGAUUUGAAGAAUGCAGAAUAUUUUUCAUUCUUAUUAUAGGCUUCCAUGGGUAGGCAAGGGGUCGUGUUUAUGUGAAAGGAGGAAUGGUUAGGUUCCUCACGAUAACUGAAAAGCGGAUUACGGAUUAGGCUGAUAGAGAAAUUAACAUUUACAUUGUGCUUGGGCAAGGUAUUUCUGCAUCCUCCUUUUGUUCCAUUUAGAAACAGUACAAGCGUUACUGAGUACACAGAGCUUGCAUAGUAGUAUGUCAGUGUAAGCUCUGCCAAGUGUGUAUGGGGGAAGGGCUUAUAAAAGAUUUAUGUGAAUUUCUGUGUGUCAGCUUUUUUAUUUGGAGGCAGUUUGCUGUAUGCAACUGCAUAUAGUACACUGUCUUAGUGUAAUAGAUUUUUUUGUUUGUUUGUAAAGAGUGAAAUAUGUUUGGGAGUUAAAUAUGUCAUUCUGUUGUCCAUUUCUGUAGGAGGCAGGAUGGUUAAGCAGUCAAAAUGCAUAAGAACUACAUGACUAGUUAUAUCCAAAGUCUAGUGCCAGUUGAGUACUUGAUGUUGCCAGGGAGAAGGCUUUUUGGUUUAUCUUUUCAUAAGAGGAGACAAAGAAACACCUGAGAAAGGACUUUGAAAGUGUUGCAUACAUUGAAUUGCAUCUUCUGUUACCAUUUCUCUUUCCUUUCAGAAUGUUUUGAUGUGCUGCUUUGAUGUGCAUGUAUCUUAUUAAAAAAAAAUAGCUGCUGAAAUGUCUCUGGUGUGUAGGCUUGAGUCUGGUCAAACAGGGCAAACCAGUGUGGAAUGCUCUAUAAUCACAGACGGUCAGCUGUGCUAAUCUUGGCCUUGACCAGAUGAGGACAGAGUGUGGAAGUCUCUUUUUUUUUUUUUUUUUUUUUUUUCCUCCAUGGAAGAUUUUGCUGGGCUCUAUGUUUUUAUUGCAAUAUAUGCAGUAGUGGCAGAAGUCUUUGUCAAUAAUAUUCUGUAUAGCUGUCACUAGAAAGUGCAGUGGCUUUUGAUCAACGAGUUUUUAAAUUUCCCUUAUGUAAUGCUUUUCCUUUUUCCUUACUCUGUUAAUCUGUGGUUUAAUGUAAUAUGAUAUAUACAGUUUCCUAAAUCAGGAGUUAAUUUUUGUGUUAGACAAAUUGCAGUAUAAUUGAGUAAUUUUAAUACAGGAAUGGAAAAGAAAUGAAAUUUUAUUAGAGGUCAUUGGAAUUAUUUUCAAUAAAGUAUUGUAAUCAGAAAAAACUAAUUUAUCACAUUAAUGCAUUUUCAGAGAUAUAUGCUAAUUUCCAGAAUUUAUUGGGAUGAUAUCUCUUGUAAAAAAUAGCAUUUGCUGUUAGAGAGGGAGGACAAAUCCAUAUUACAUUAGCCAGUAACCCAGUUGUUGCUACCUCUUUGGCCAGUCAUGCAUUUUUUUCUAUGCAGAUUUCCAGUUUAUGGUGGAAGCAGUGAUACUACUGAGCUUCCUUGAUGCUUAGUUUAUCUCUGUCAUAAAAUACUUACAUUUUGGGGAGAAAGGAACUGGAGAGGUGAAAACUGUACACAGUGUUACCUGGACUAAACGGGAAGGUGCCGUGAAGCAGAGAGAGAAGACUAAGCAGUAGCUGUAUACGCAGGUAUCCUUUCAGUUCUGUCUUACCAAUGUAGCGGGAGGCCAGGAGUCAAGAUGACUGUUUCAGUUACACCGUGAUAAGGAAUGGGAAUGUCGCGUUGACUUUUGUGCAACUGUAAAUACUUCAUAUCUGGUGUUUACAAGAAGUGUGGUUUGCCCAAGGGUGCGUGUGCAGUUUCUCUUAUUCCUUGCUACUGCUGUGCAAAGCACUGCCUGCUAGUAUUUAUUGUCUGGAUUCUGUCUGUUCAGUGGUAUUGUGUAUUAAGCCUGAAACUUGUAUAGUAUUUUGUGAUUUUUCCAGGAGGAAACUUAGUAUGCUUGUGUGCAUAUUUUCCCAUCCAUCUAACAAACACAAGGCCAACAGAAACAACACAGAUGUUAUGGUUACUCUCCCACCCCAUCUUUACAACAAUGUAUGGGAGGAGUAGUGCAAAUGUAAUGUGAUGUAGGAAUGCUUGUCCAUGCCUGAAUGGAAAUGUUUGUUUACCAGAUGGCAAAUACUGAAGCUUUAUCAGUGAGAGAACUAGGCAGAAAGAGGCUGCAGUCUGACUUUGCUAAACUUUUACACAAUUUUUCCUCCACAUGAAAUAUUUCCACAGGAAUGUAAUACUUGUGAAAGAUGCUGGAUCAUCAGUUGCAGAGACUGAACUCCUCUACCCACAGGAAAGGUUUUUCUGCGCCACCAGGAGGUCUUCUCUUCCCUCUUAUGGGGACACUUACCUCUUGAUAAUACUCCCUUCACAAUGAAGGGAAGCAAGGAUGGACCAGCAGCAAUGUGGAAUGGGGUGGUCCCCACACUUGGGGUUAACAGUCAUAAUGAACACUGUCCUACUGACAUGGAGAGCUGAAUAAAAGAGUUGAAUUCUGA